GGGCAAGUAGAAGGGGGCAGGGGAGAAGUGGGAAGAGGGAAGAGGGAAGAGGGAAGAGGGAAAGAUCGAUGUGGAUGUGGCGGAUCAACUGAGAUUGACAAAAAGCAUGAACGAUUGUUCGAAACAAUACCAAAAUGAAAGAACGAAAGAGACAAAAAGACUGACAUGAAAAACAAUUCCAAAAUCCAAGUUUAGUCGAUUUUCAAAAAAGCAAAGAAUUGAGAGAAUCGAAUUGAGAAUCGAGCAUCACUCAAAAGCUUGAUCAUCCUCAAAAAGAAAAAUGUCGGGCACGCUGGUCAACGACGCACACGCGACAACGUUCGAGCGAUUCGUCGUCAAGAAGCAGACGGGCGAGUCACCCAAGCAGGGCGAGCGCGUCGGGGUGCAGGACACGGCCGAGUACUACUUGCUGUGCCGCUGGAGCGAGCACGACACUGGCGAUCAGUAUCAGCAUCACCAUCCGACGACGAGCGGGUCUUCUGCAGCGGCGAGCAGCGCCAGUCUGCAGCUACGAGACGACGAGUCCGAUUUGGACGACCUGCGCGUGCUGACCGCGUCGCAGCCGACGACGACGACGACGACGACGACGACGACGAGACGCGGCAAAGCGAGCAACACGAUCUCAGCAGGUCUUGGCGCCAAAUCUACGACUGCCGCGAGCCACUCGGCGUUCGACAAGCACAAGAUCCGGUCUGUCACAUUCACCGUGACCAACGGCGCACGCGUGUGGCAGCGGACGGUCGAUGUGGCCGCGCUCGCGCCUUCGGACAAGGACCUGCCCGACUUUGUUCAAGACUCCAACAUGAUGCUGGCCAAGCAAGACGAUGCCAAGUAUGCGUACGAGUUUAAGAUUGCAUCGUCGGCGUCGGCGUCCGCGUCCGGUUCCACCACCAGCCGAGCGAGCGCCAGCUCUCGCCCACCCCGGUCGUCCGCCAAGCAAUCGCAGCCAGACAUAUUCCUUCCAGGCACAUUUUCAGCCUCGUUAGAGUCCUUUCCGGACCCGUCCGAUGGAUCGGGAGCGUCCGUCUCCCUCUCGUCCUCGCUCGGACUCACAUCGACGACUGGUGCCACUCCCGACUCUUCCGACAGCGACGCGCUCGUCCUCCAGUGGCACGACCGCAGCAACGGCUUUCUUGUUCUCCGCGGCGGCAUCAGCCUCCCGUCCUUUAGUCGAAAAGCCGAAUCGUCCUUGAAAGCCUUCUUGCGCGCGCUCAUCACCGACCGCCAACAGCUCAUGGACCAAGGUCGUGCAUUGCGCCAGGAGCGCGACAAGCUGGCGCUGCAACGAACCGAGGCGGUUGCCAUGCUCGAUGAUGUGAUUGAGGGACAGAGCUCUGCCGAAAGCGCCAUGUACGUCAAGUUUGCCGCCGUUCUCAACGCCAAAAAGGAGGAGAUACGCGCCCUCGCUGCUCAGCUAGAAGCACAAACCAAAGCGCUUCAAGCUGCGCAGCAGCAAGAGGCACAGCAGCGCGAAAAGGUCCAAGCUCUGACGGUUGAUCUGAAAGAGCUGAAGGAUGUGAACAAGCGGAGGCAGCAAGCAAGCGGCUCCAAUCAACCCCAAGCAAUGCAAGCAAUGGACAUGGAUGCUGAUGGUGGCAGCGGUGGGGGCGGUACCUCCUCGAGGCCUGCUGCACCAAGAAUGGUGUCUGUCGUAACCAAGAAGAGCGACGCACAGUCAGCCCAACAAGCCGCGCCGCUUCCUGCACCGAGUCGACCAACCGUCAAGAAGGAGCCGUCCGAGUCAGAUGCCGUGGUCUUGUCAUCUUCAUCGUCGUCAGCGCACUCCAGGUACCAGUCGAGCCACCCUCCGCCACAAAAAGUCCCGUCACCCGCGAGAGCUGCCGCACCGGAAGCUGCCGGUGACUUGCCUCGAACCCCGUCACGUUCAAGCAGCCGACACGGCUCCACCGCAACUGCCAUGACGCCGAUCGAUAUUAGCAGUCCGACCAGUCCGAUAAGCGCGCUCCUCCGCAAGAGCGGCGCGGAAGUAUUUACGAUCGGAGGCACCACUUCUUCUGCACAACAGCAGCCCUCGCGGCCCCGAAGCAACAACAACAAGCCCGCCAGCUAUCUGCCCGAUCCUGCGUCAUCAUCGGCUGCCCCGCUGUUGAGGCGGCGAUCUCCUGGCAGCCAGCGGAACUCUCUCACCGGUCUCGCCGAUCUGCGCGGGGACUUCGACGCUGCGCCAGCGCUGACAGCGGCACAAUCCACGGCAGCAGCAGCAGCGCCAGCUGUUCGCGGUCCUGCCAUCCGCAGUGCCAAACGCCGACACGAGCCCGACGAAGACGACGAGGCUGAUGGCCGCCGCCAUGCGAAAUUAAACAGCGAGCAACUCGCGCAGCUGAACGCCAGUUCCACCACGCGAAUGACGCGCGCCACCAGCAACGUGAGCAACACGAGCACCGGCAGCGCGAACGGAACUACCACUCCCCGCGGAUCUCGCUCCAAAGUGCCCCGCGUGGAGCGUGUCACGUCCAUUGGCGCAGCCAUCGAGGCGCUCAAAUAGAAAUCGCGCCAGAAUUGCUGUCUCUCUGAUAUUUUGUCGUUAACAUUAACAUUGAUAAUUUUCUCGAAAACAAAAGAAAAACCCCC